UCACUAUUCACCCCCCUCAGUUUUUCACUUAACGUUGUCUUUCUUCUGUAGUUCUUCAUCCAAUUUCACUUGACUGGAUAAAAAACUUAAUGAUCACCAUGAGGACCAAGGCCAUCCUACUUCUGACUUCAUUCAUGUUCAUUAACCUGCCUCCUGCAUCCUCUGCUGCCAAUGCCACAGAAAACAGCACUGCUCCAGCACCUUCCACCACCAACGUGGUAGCAUCUUCUGCUACUACGCUAAUAGUGACAAAUGUCACACAACAAACUAACACCACACCGACAUCAUCAUCUUUGACACCGACAACAGUGUCAUUUUCCUCAAUGACCAGCCAACGUGACCUAGUUUCCUCUUCAGCACCAGCCAACAACACACCCACAUCCACCAGCAAUCCCUCUAACACCAAGCUCUGGCUUUUAAUCAUUCUGUUGUCCAUCAUUGUGUUAAUGCUGUUUGUGGGAUGCAUCCACGCAUUGAUAGGCCGGCAUUCAACUCAGGACAGCUCCGCCCCCAGGCUCCUACUGGGUGUGAGGGAGAGGCUGAGGGCUGGGAUCAAUAACCUGGGGGACCAGAUGGGGCUUCGCCUCUGGCCAGAGAGGAGGAGAGUAGGGGAGGAUGACAAGGAGGCAGAGCAAAGACUGGGAGAUGCUAAGGAAGAGAGAGAUGAUGGGGCAGAAGGAGGUAGUAGUGGAGUAAGGAAUGAAGAACAUCUGGAGCGCAAGGAGGAAGUCAGUGACUCUUCAGAUGACUACUCAAGCAUGGAGGGAGAUGACCUGAGGGAGAGAGCGCUGAACAGAAGGGAGGAAGAAGAGAAGAAGCAGAACAGGAAUGAGGACGGGGAGGAAACAAGUAGUGUGAAUGAAGCAGACCAAUGUGCUGUGGAGGUAGACAGCAAUGCUGGCAACUGGGGAGGUUCAGAAGAGAUAGUACUGGUAAACUCUCCACAGGAAGAUGAUGAAGAGGAUCAUCGUGAUGUUACCGUCCUGUAGAAGAGAAAAGCAGGAAGAAGAAAAGUUACCAGGAUUAUAAAUAAGUGGAUGAUCAAACUUAGAAUGAUAAUGUGAAGUUUUUAAAUACUUGAUGGUUAAAGUUUUUAAACAUUCCCAUCUUUGAAAAGUAGGUUAUACAUAUAAUACUGACAGACUGUUUAUGUCAUUGUAAUACUGUA